AUCACCGCCCAGAUUGAGGCAGAUCCGGGUCUUCCGCAGUCCAACAGCACCAUCUCGUCAUGGCAAGUCCCCGUUCACCCCGACGUUGGACGCAUCCAAUCCGAGGCCCUACCCCAGUUUUCCGAUUACAUCGUCAUCGGCUCAGGGGUUGCUGGGUGCGGCGUCGUCAAAUCCCUGCUGGAGAACUCGUCUCCAGCCAACUCAUCUGUCACGGUGCUCGAGGCUCGUGGCCUCUGCAGCGGUGCUACCGGCCGGAACGGGGGUCAGCUAGUCAAGCCCUACCCCAGUCGCUUCGUGCAGCUUACCCAGGACUUUGGGGUCGACGUUGCUGUGAAGGUCUUUAGGCUGGCCAACCACACCCUGGAGGAGAUGCACAAGCUCGCAAGCUCAUAUGAUGACCAGCUUUGUGAGGAUGCCGCCGCCCGCAGGGUGACCAAGAUGGUUGCAUUCAUGGACCAAGAGUCCUGGAUCCAGGGCCAGAAGGAUGCAAAGUUCUACGAAGAGCACAUGCCUGAGGAGAGAGGGCUGUUCAAGUUCUUUACUAAGGAGCAGAUGGAAAAGGAAUGGAAUGUCAAGGGAUCGUAUGGCGGGCUCUCAUUCCCAUCUGGCGUGUGCUGGCCCUACCGCCUCAUCACCGGCGUCUUCAAGCGCCUCCAAGACCAGUUCCCCAAUCGACUAAACAUCGAGACCAACACUCCAGUUACCACCAUUCUCUACGAUGAAAAGGCAGAUCCCAAGUAUCCUUAUAUCAUCACGACUCCGAGGGGCAUUGUGAAGGCAACCCAUGUUAUCCAUUGCACUAACGGACACACUGGACAUCUACUGCCUCGCCUGCGAGGAAAGAUCUUCCCAAUGCGGGAGGCCAUGUCGGCGCAGGAUGUUGGAGACAAGAUGCCCGACAUGAGCGACCAGAUGUCCUGGACAUUCCUGGAGGAGCCCAAGUUCGAUUCCAAGACGGGAAUGAUAAGGAUUGGCUGGGUUUAUGGCCUGCAGAACAGGAACAACGGUGGAUUCUGGAUCGGUGGCGAGGACCGUCGCCCAGAGGAGAUGAUCGCGUCUGACGACUCGGUCAUUAGCAUACAAGGCAAGGUUGAUCUUGAGACCAAGCUGACGCAGGUCUUCAACCAAAACUGGGUCCCCAAACAGCCUGAAAUCCAGGGCAUCUGGACCGGCAUCAUGGCUUCCACUGGCGAUACCUUGCCUUUUGUGGGAAAUCUCCCCGCCAGUGUUACAGGACGGCCGGGCAAAGGAGAAUGGAUCGCUGGCGGGUGGAACCAGUAUGGCAUGACG